CGUCAACAGUCUCCGCGGGACACCUAGCUCAUUUAUCACUCAUCAUUUAUGUUUUUCUCGCGUCUUUCACGAUCUUAUGUCUUACCUGAGCCAUCAAUCGCCCGGUCAUUCGGUAUAGCUUGUAGAGACAGACAUCCGGCAACGCGUCAAACCUUGAAAAGACAGCACCGAGAGCUUUUCAUUGCGGAGCAAGACGUAGGUUAUAUAGGAAUCGACCAUGAGUAUGGAAGAACCCUCGUUUCAGAGUUUCAGCACCUCAGAGUCCGCGACGCUGAGUCCGGAGUCGACUACACUGAGUCCAGCAUCUGCCAGGUCACCCUCACCGCCUCCACAGGCACUCAAUGCUACGAAGAAUCGAGCACGUGAUAUAACAGAGCCUUUUGAGGAGAGUGAAGAAGACUUUCCCAGCCCCAAACGCUUCCACUCACCGGAAGGUUUUCCCUCGUGGAUUAUGAAAGAUGUUUCCAACGACAGAGUAGAUCAUGCCAAUUGCGAGGUGACGGCAGUUGAGUACGAGACGGCUCCAAUCGAAGGGCGGGUGACUGUGAUGGAUGGCGGGAUGCCGUAUUUCCCUGUCCAGGACGAGGGACAAGCAUCGGGGGAAUUCGAGGCAACCGACAUUGGGAGGUGGCUGCAUCGAGAUGAAGACGCGAAAGGGGCUUGGGGAAACGAAGACACGAAGGAACUUUUGACUCCUGAGAAUCUUGAAAGCGAACCACCCGAGGCAAUUCCUUGCUGGGAUCCCUUCGAGCGUGAAAUCAGGGAGUUCAGGGAGGUAUGCGAACUGUCUACUUGGGAGCAAGAUGGGGUUCCAAGCGAAGAAGAAUUGAGAGAUUUGAUGAGUAUGGAUCCCAUCGUUCUAAAUUAUCCCGAUGCAGACCAAGAGGAAGCAUGGAAUAUUCACCUGUUACCAACUGUUGAGGAAAUUUGGGAGGCCGAGGACUUAGCAAAUGAGGAGAUCAGGGAAGAAGGCGAAAGAUUAGUCCGCGAGCAAGACACCGUUCCGAGCGAAGAGGAGAGAAGGGCAUUGAUGGAUGAAAUGGUUCCAGAAUAUCCUGAUAUGGACCAGGAGGAAGCUUUCUAUGAAUACCACACCGAUCCGGGGGACAAAUCGUGGAUCGAGUAUAGAUACACGAGAGGGGCGAUGAGGAAAUACGGGCAUGCCGCACGCAGGGCGCUUGUCGAGUUGGAUCAAGCUGAGAACGAGGUACUUGAAGAGGAAUGGACGGUUGCCUGACUGGUGGACAUCUUAAGGCCGUGGUCUUUCGCAUACCCAAAUAUCACUGCUUCGGUAUCACUUUUGGUUGCGAUCCGGAGUUCCAGCAUCACAGCCAUUCCAUCGAGAGACUUCGAGUUCUUGGCCCAUAUUCAGGUACAUCAAGUUUGAACGCCUUAUUCGAUUGUACCUUGUG